AUGGUAUAUCAAAAGGGUUCCACAAGAUCAUGCCACAAUCUCCGUGAGGGGGGCGACAAACGUCGAGUUAAAGAUGUUCGACUCGGAUUGGCUGGCAUUCUAACCAAUCAGGUCGACCUUCCUUUGUCUAUGUGUGGACAUCCGAUCCGCCGGAGAUCAGCGUGGCCAACUGGAUGUACGAGGGGUUUUCCUGAUUGCCGUAGUCAUGUUAAUGGCUUUGGUUGUCAGAGUCCUGAGCGACGAUUGUGCACACAAUCAGAGAGGCCGCUUUUGACGGAGUGGGGUUUUCCUGCCGUAGUCAUGUUAAUGGCUUUGGUUGUCAGAGUCCUGAGCGACGAUUGUCAACGACAGCCACUGACCGACAAAAACAAAACCGACCCGGGAAACUUGGGCAAAAGCCUCGAUCCUGUGUAUCGAUCCGUGAAUGAAUCCGUGCUCUCUCUGGAGGAUGUAAACAAAAAGUACGCGGCGACCGGAACGAAAGACGAUAAAGAAAUUUCUUCUGUGAACGAGUUCCUUGCAAGUACCAUCCCAGGUCCGCUGGCUGUGAAGGUCAUCCGGCCUUCGGACGCAGCAAUAAAGACCGCCACAGUUACACCAGAAGAGAAGCGGGCAGACCAUUGUGCUUCUAGUCACCCUUUCCUCCCUAUCUUCCAUACAGAUCUUGGAGCGGCUGUCAGCAUUCAAAAGGUCUAUCCAAUGAUCAUGCUUCAAUCUGAGGAUCACUCUCUAAAGCGCAAAAGCUAA